GUGAAGUGAGGACUGCAGGCCGCACUUCAACUGAAUGACAGCUACCACGAUUCUGAACCUGCUUGGGCGACCGCAGCUUUUGUGGGACUUGCAGCGUCCCUUCCAGGGGCUGAUAAGUAUUGGUUCCGCAACUUAGCGCCAAGCUGCACUAAAAACGGGAUGUUGUCAUGUCCCAACCUCUUUAAAUCCUGAUCUCAUGACAAAAAAUCACAUGCAACCUGCACCCGCUACACAAACACACAACAAGCAGCUGCCGUAAACCUUGGUGUUGUACGGAGUAUCAGCUUUCUGGCGCCAUCUCGCUUGGUAUUACAUAUACCGAGACACCAGCAAUCCAAUUGACAUUCACGUCGUUGACACUCAGCUCCGUGUGAACCGGGUUCCGAUCACAGAUUGACUCGGUCAAAGGUGCAAGACCAACAAUGGCGCCUCGAAUACCACGGAUGGGCGUCUUUGAGAUAGCAGAUUUUCCUUGGUUCCCCAAUUUCCUCCGAGCCUACGUUCAAGCAGGUCUCACCGCAGCCUGGACAACUCCCAUCCCCCUCCUCCAAACCUCCACCCCAGCCGAGCUCGUCGCCCGCCUCCUGCGCACCCACCUCUCCAGUGACCUCGACUCGUACACCUUCAUCGACUUUUGCGCCGGCGGCGGCGGCCCAACCCCGUCCAUCGAGCGCCACCUCAACCGCACCAUCUGCCAUGGAAAAGACAUUCCUGAAACAGAACCCGUCCAGUUCGUCCUCACAGACCUGCAUCCCCACACCGACCUCUGGGCCAAAGCGGCGUCUCAGUCCCCUUACCUGUCUUACGUCCCGGGGCCAGUCGACGCGGCGAAUGCUCCGCGGGAUUUGCUGACCAAGUACCGUACUGGUACUGGUACAAGCACAGGUUCAGCCCACGGGCAGGGCCAGGGUGGCAAGGGGAAGAAGGUGUUUCGAUUGUUUAACCUUGCCUUUCACCACUUUGAUGACGGGCUGGCGAGACGGAUACUGAGGGAUACCGUUGAGGGCGGGGGUGAUGGGCUCGGGAUCUUUGAGCUGCAGGAUCGCGGGGUGGCCGGGUUCCUGGCGUGCUGUCUGUUUGGCCUGGGAACGAUAGUCAUGGCCCCUUACUACGCUUUUUUGUGGGGGGCUCCGAUGGCGCUGUUUUGGACCUAUGUCCUGCCCGUCCUUCCGUUUGUGCUGGUCUUUGAUGGGUGGAUGUCGUGCCUGAGGACUCGGACGCCGGACGAGGUCGAGGUGUUGCUGCGCACAUGUGGCGCCGACGAGGCGGAAAUCGCCAAGUGGGAGGUCAGGAGUGGGAGUGACAUAUUCUUGUGGCCGGUAGGAAGCGUGAAUUGGGUGAUUUGCCUCAAACGGUAG